UGAGACACCAGUGUUUCAUUUCAGUGUUUGUCCGAUAGUCAGAAUUCUAUGUGUGUAGGCAUGUGUAUAUGUAUAUGCGUGUAGUGUAUCCAAAGGAAAAUAUUACGCAGCUAGAACCCCGUUACAUCCGAAUCACCGUAUUGUGUUAAGGAUCAUUGCACCAAAGUAGACACGUGUUAGAAAAAUGGAAUUCACGUGUUUUUCUUACAUUGUGCCCGAAUAACAGGCCUAAUACAAAACGUAUGAAGAAAAUUAUUUUUAAAAAUCCCAUGUCUUUUAUAGAUUAGAUUGUCAAACGUGGGUAAAAUGUCUUGGUUGGGAUGUAUUCCUUGGUCUCAAGGGAUCAAAAAACGAGCUUGCAGAUAUCUUUUACAACGAUAUCUGGGUCAAUUCUUGGAAGAAAAAUUAACAUUAGAUCAACUCACUGUAGAUCUGUACAAUGGAACUGGUCGUGUAACCAAUGUCAGCCUUGAUGUACAGGCUCUUAAUGAAUUAGGAGAGCAACAACAUCUUCCAUUAGAAUUUGUUGAUGGUUUUGUAUCAGAAAUGUCUGUUAGUAUACCAUGGUCAGCUUUGCUCAGUGAAGCUAGUUAUGUGGAAGUAACAAGUUUGAGAUUAACAGUUCAACCUAGACAAAGAGUUAAAAAUGGAACUUCAAUGUUUGAGUCUAUGUGGAGUUCUAUGACAUCUAGCAUGCAACUUGCACAAGAAUGUUUACAAGAAGAUGCUAAAUAUGCUGGAAAUUCACAACCAUUAGAAGGAGUAGAAUUGUUUGCACAAACAAUAGAUUCAAUUUUAUGUAGAGUGAAAGUGAGAUUUAUAGAUACUGUUAUACGUUUGGAACAUGUGCCACUGGAUUCUUCAACAGGAGUUGCAAUAGAAGUGUGUAUAAAAAAUCUUGAAUAUUCAGAUGAAGCUGGAUUAGAUCCAAGCAGUACUUCAUUAGAUCCUAGUCAAUCAACAAAAGGAUAUGUUGUGUCAGCAUUCACAACAAAACGAUUUUAUUUAGAAGGAGUGACUUUUCAUACAGAUGAAUUCCCAUCUCGAGCAAGAACUUUUUCUAGAAGCAUUAUAACAUCUAGCAGGGGUUCUACGCCAGAGUCUAAAAAUUCAGAUUAUCAUUUCUCUUCUGUGCAAGUAUCUAGUACUCAAAAUAUACAAACUUCUCCAGAAGGAAAUAUUAUUAAUAAUUUAAGUGAAUCAAAUCCUAUAAUGUUUGCUAAGUUAGCAGGUAGACAAGAAAUAAGAUUGAAAUUAAAACAAGGAGAAGGUGUGUCAGGGCCAAAGGUAGAAUUAGAAAUAACCUUAGGAUCAUUCACUUCAUUUUUAAGUCCACGGCAAGUACAUGUAUUAUUGGAAUUAGGACAUGGAUUGGCAUCUCCUGAUUCAGAAGAUGUUAGUAAUGUUGCUCCAAGAACUUGUACUGAAAAGCCUAUGGCUGGUAGCGAUUUUAAUCGUGUAGAACGAGAACUUAUUCAUCAAAUACAUCCAUCUCAAGGAUUACGUUCUAUGGAUCUAAGGCAUACACAAGGUUGGUCAACAGCAUCUUUAGAUGAGUCUGAUAACAAAGAUGAAUUUUUACCAAUGCGAUUACCAGGUUCUACUUCAAUGAGUGAUUCAAUUACAAGCAAUAAUAUUAGUAUGGAUGGGAGUAUAUUAUCUAGUAGUAUUAGUUUAAAAAAUUCUGCAACGAAUUUACCAAAGCAACAAAAACACAGACAUAGUGUAGAUAAUAGCCCAUCUGCAGAAACAUCUCAUUUUCAUGUGAGAGUAUCUUCUAUAGCUAUAAUUCUAUUACACGAAGACAUAUUGACCACAUGUGUAGAAGAAGGUGGUUUAACAUCUUCUAGUAUAUAUCAAAUGAAAAAUUCGGCAGACGAAUUUUUCAAACAAUUAGGAAUGUUUGCAGUUGGAGGAUAUGGGAACAAAGAUUUCGAUAAAGCAUCAAAAAUACUCUUGGAUGCUUGUCAUUUAAGUCAUAUUAGAUUACUCGCUGCGCCAUUAGUAAUUGAAGGAAGAGAAAAAAAUGUUUGUUUAUUAUCUGUUGUAUCAGGAACACUCACUUUAGCUAGCUUAGAAAUUGUUGAAUGUUUAGUUGACUCAAAUAAUUCUGAAACAAAUGGUACUCCAUCAUCAGAAUUUGUAGAGUUGCUUACUUUUCCAAAAGAAAAUUCAACAAAUUUUGGUUUCACUAAUAAAACGGAUUUUAAAAUGAAAUUUAAAUAUGUAGAAGAUAUUCAAAAUACAGGAUAUGCACAAUUAGUAAAAUGUGCAAAUCCAAAGACAAAAAUUGAUAUUGAAUUGGAACCUUGCAAAAGUGAAGUAGAUAUAACUAUUGUAGAUAGAAUAUGUGCUCUUCUUAAUCCGCAACCUAUUUGCGUUUGUAAUCCUGUAUCUAAUAAUAAAAAUACUAAUCAACAAACUUUAUUUUAUCAAGCCAUAGAAAGUCCUACCUUGUCAGAUUUUGCUGCUGUUAUAAACAUAUCCUCAUCACAAUGUACAAUAAAAUUAAGGUUUCCAAUACCAGAUUUAAGACCGUUACAUGAUAUGAAUCGGGCACCGUGGUGGAAGAGAUCUGUGAGAACAGAUUAUAUGAUUUUAAAAAUGACAGAUGCACAAAUUCAUUUUUGCCCGCAUUUAAUUUUUUCUAAGAAAAUUUUUUCCAAGAAUCAUCCGCAUUCUGUAAAAAAGCAUUUUGAAAUUCAAUUCCGAAAAUUACUAUUUUCGUAUGCAGAAACGGAAACAGAUAUACCACUAAACAUAGGCAAAGUUACAACUCACGAAAAAGAUAAUGCAACAUGUCAACAAGAUAAUGAAGGAUUUGGUUGGGCUAGAAUAGUUAUUACAAUUUAUCCACAACGUUUGAACGAUCAACUAGAAGAUAGUUCUGAAGGAGAGCCUGAUUCUAGUUUUGAUGAAACUUUAGAAAAUGCGCCUAAACAUCAGCCGUCUCCGUUCAGCUCGAAACGUAUUAUUCAUGAAUCUGAUACGCCUCAUUCCAAACCACAUUCACAGGGUGAUAAGGAUGACUCAGAGCAAAGAGAAGGCGAAGAGUUGAUCAUACCAGGAAAUCGAGAAGAAAUGUUAGAAUUUAUAGAUGAAGGCAUUCGCAGUUCUAGAAUACAAAUAGAAAUCAAUUUUCCAUGUGUUUCCGUCCAAAUACCAUCUAAACAUCUGUAUGAAUUGUUAUAUAAUAGAUUCAACACUGAUCUUUUUUUAUGGAAACCAUCAGCGCCAAGACCAAAGUAUGGUACACAUAUGGAAAAUCAUAUAGGUCUUGAUUUGGCAUCUACUUUGUUACAAGAAUCUGUUUAUCCUAGAUUUAGCACAUGUAAAAGUCGGGUUCAAUAUGAUUCUGAUUCAGACUCAGAGGAGGGUAUAUUUCAUUCUGCAGCUGAUAAAAGUUACAGGCAACAUCAAAGUAAAAUAUCAAAGAAUGGUCAGAGCAAUUUAGCACUAUUUUUGAAUAUAGAUCAAGGUCUUCUCUGCAUGUAUACUCCUGCUCGUGAUUCUGUAAAAAACGUUAUACCCGGACAACAAGGCGAAUUAAUAAUUCGAUUAGAUGAUGCAACUAUAUUUUCUGUAACCGCAUACAAAGGAAAUUCAAAUUUGAGUUAUGUCUGCGCUAUGAUAAAAGAAAUGUCUUUGGAUCAUUGUGGAUUAAUGACGACACCUUCACAACCACCUUCAUUGAGACCUAUUAAUAGUGACAUUCCCAAACAUUGUCAGCAUUCUAUAUAUAAAAGUGAUCUAAAUGUAAUGGGAGCAAACAAUAAUGAUGAUAUGGUAUUACUCGCUAUUAGAAUACAAGCUGCUCAUCAAACGCACCGUAUUAAAACUUUCAGAGUGGCAGUGGGCAUAUCAAAUGCUACAUUGAGGCAUAGAAUGUUUAACACUGGUACAUCAUGGUUUACGCAAUUAACAGAUUGUUUGGAUGUAGCCGAUCAUCCAGUUGCUGGAUAUUCUGCGCCAGGAAUAUUAACGGAAUUACAUUUACAUCUUUGGGAUUGUGCAGUUGAUUAUAGACCAAUUCAUUUACCAUUGAGAUCGAUGGUAACUCUUGGUAAUUUUAGUGUUUCUAGUAAUAUUGCAGCGCAUACAAAUACUUCGACAUUACGUUUUAUAGCAGAAGAUAUUGCCUUGUUCAUAUCUAAUAAAUUAGGAAAAAAUGUAGAUUUAAAACGGGAUUUUGUAUGUGUAAUGGAUGUAGGAUUGUUCGAAUUAUCAUUAAGAUUGAACGAUAAGAUGUGCGGCGGUGCACCUAGAGUUGAUUUAAGGGCAAGCAACAAUGUAUUGCAUGUUCGAACAUGUUCCGAUUCUGGACGUGCUCUUAUUCAGUUGUUAACAUACUUUGCUAAUGAUGGAGAUCUUUCGUCAAGCAUAGAAACUACCGGAAACAUUACGGUACCAAGUUCUGGCGAUGAAGAAAGUCUUCUUGGUGAUGAGUGUGUUAAUACUUUGAGUAAAAGUCAAGUUGAACGUGUUAAUAAUUUAAUGAAAGAAGCAAUGGAAGAAACAGUAAAAGGAACAUCUUCAAAUAUAGACGGCAAUACAUUAGUAACUGAAAAUCAAGUAGAAGUUUUUUUCUUUCCCGACGAAUCUUGUCCUGCUUCACAGGCAGUACCUGAAAUGUAUAAAAAUCCUGAGCAGUGUACAAAAACAGAAUGUGAUACAGAAGCUGAGGAUUCAAACGAAGAUUUUUGUAUAUUAGGAGAAGAAGCGGGUACAGGAAUUAUGCCUAGGCAUGGUGUACCAGAAAUUCGUUGGCUUUGUCAAGAAUCAUUAAGGAUAAUAGAUAAUCAUUUCUCAGUUCCACUUGGCAAAACUGAUUUACUUAAAGCACCAAGACAUUUUCCUGCUCCAAUUUUAAGGUACACUCUUUGUGAAAUGACUUUAAUCUGGCAUAUGUAUGGAGGAAAAGAUUUCGAAGCACCAAUAACAUCCAAAAAACAAGUCAUUAUUAAUGACAAUACAAUUCGUCCUAUCAUCGCACCUCAGGAUAAGUACGUUUUAUUGUAUGUAAGUCAAACAUUUUAUAUGAAUAAUUUAUAUGAAAUUACAUUAUAUAUUGUUUAUGUUUACAGAACCAGAUCACCAUGGUGGGAUGGUGUAACUUUCAAUAAAUCCAAUUCAAAUGAAAUACAUUUUGGAAGUGCACCAAAUUCACCACGUGAAAAAUGUAAAGAAAUAACAGAUUGGCAAGUAAUGGGAGGUCCUGGUCGUCGCCAUGAUAUCUUAAUGGAGCUUCAAUUAAAUAAAGUGCGCUUUCAACACGAAGUCUAUCCAGAAAAUACAACAGAAGCAGCAAGACAAAUAUUAUUAGUAAACGAAAUAGAAAUUAGAGACAGAUUAGCAUCUUCGCACAUUAACAAAUUCUUGUAUCAAUAUAGUAGUGAAGCGAGACCAAAACAGUCUCAUGCAAAUAUGUUUGCCAUGAAAGCGGUCCAUGUUAGACCAGAUCCAAGAUUAAGUGCUCAAGAAUGUUGUUUAAAACUCAGUCUACUGCCGUUACGAUUAAAUAUAGAUCAGGAUAGCCUAUUGUUUUUGAUAGAAUUCUUCAAUGAAUUGGGUAAUGGUACGAAACACGCUCAAGAGAACUGUAAUGUACCUAAUAAUCCACAAUCCUCUCCAGUAUCCAAGCAAGGAACACCAACGCAUCAUCCACCAGUUAUGAGUGUGAACGAGUCCACGCCUAAUGCAUCAAUGCCAACGAAUACAUCGCAGAAUGAUACCAUAGAUCCGAAUUUAUUAAUACUCUUGGAAGACGAAUUGAUGAUUAAAGAAAAUACUGUGAAAGCGAAAUCGACGCAUGAAGUACAUGAAGAUUGUCAACCAAUAUAUUUUAGGAGUGUGAUAUUUUCUCCUGAAGUCCUUGUUAGAUUAGAUUAUCAUGGAAAACGUGUAGAUUUGACUCAUGGGCCGUUAGCAGGACUUCUAAUGGGUUUAGCGCAAUUGAAUUGCUCCGAAUUAAGACUGAAAAGAUUAACACAUCGACAUGGACUUCUAGGAUUUGAUAAACUAGUAACAUUUUUACUUUCUGAAUGGUUACAAGAUAUAAAGAAAAAUCAACUUCCAAGUUUACUUGGUGGCGUAGGUCCUAUGCAUUCAUUAGUUCAAUUAUUUCAAGGAAUAAGAGAUUUAUUCUGGUUACCUAUUGAACAGUAUCAAAAAGAUGGUAGAAUUAUUAGAGGACUACAACGAGGUGCAAAUAGUUUUACGACGUCUACUGCUAUGGCAGCCUUGGAACUGACUUCUAGAUUGAUACAUGCUAUACAAAGUACAGCUGAAACAGCUUAUGAUAUGGUCAGUCCUGGACCUAGCGUAAGGCAUAAACACAAAGGACAAAAAGGACGUCGGAAAAGAUAUAGUCAACCAUUGGACAUUCGAGAAGGAAUGGCUAAUGCAUAUAUGCUAGUAAAAGAAGGUUUAGGAGAAACAGCUAAUCAAUUGGUUCGUGUAGCCAGUGAAGAACAUGAGCAAAAAGGAGUCUCCGGUGCCGUAGGAGGUGUAUUACGACAAAUACCGCCAACAGUUGUGAAGCCAAUUAUUUUAGCUACAGAAGCGACUAGUAAUGUUUUAGGUGGUAUGCAAUCACAAUUAGUACCCGAUGCCCGACGAGAAGCAGCUCAAAAAUGGCGUCAAGAUUCGACUGACACAAAUUGAAGUUAUUUCUUAAGUAAUGGUAUGGUUCGAUGUUUCAAUCGACUUUUGUAUAACACAAAUCCAUGACGUAAUUUAUGAUGAUAAUUUAAAAAAGAUAUACAGAAGAAGUUCUUUCUUCAAGUUAGAAGAUUUAUAAUGAGCGAAAGAAUUGAUUCAAUGAUGAACAUGAAUGUUAAAAAAUUUUUUAGACCUAAUCGCAUAAAUUUUUUGAAAAGCUAAAAAAAUCACUUUUAAAUGAUAUAAUAUAUUCGUGUAAUUAUAUGUUUCAGUUCCAUUGCUCUUGUUACAUACGAAAAGAUCGAUCCAAUUUGCUAUAUUUAUAGUUUAUAAAUAAAAUAUAUAUACCAUCGUGAACAUUGUCUUCACAGCUUGUAUGUAUUUUUGUUUAAAUAACGCGUAUGUUUUAUACCAAUGAUAUGUAUGUGACAAUUUUUAUUAAUAAAAUUAUGACGCUUA